UUACAAUCACUGGCAGUCUGCUACAGUCUACAGAUCCUGCCUUCUCCACGCACCUGAUCUGUACAGCACUAUCCCGCCUCACCUGCGCCUUUGCUCCCGGUCGCAUUAAAACAAAUAGGAUUCUUUUUUCUCCAAUCGCUCGCUCUCUUUCUCUCUCGUCUCCCACCCUCUCUCUCUACUGAUGUCUGCAACCUGAUCAGUCAGAAACGGAUUUUUCUCUCCUGAGCAUGCGAAGGUCUGCCAAAUCAUCCGCAAUUCAGCAUCAAAGCCCCGGCUAUCAGCAUGAACAGUGGAUACACGGGUUUCAGCAGCAGAAGUUUUCCUCUAACAGAAUAAAACGCAGGGGACUUUAGAUCCCAGCCAUAGGGGAGAAUCAAUUUUAGGUCUCCACAGAAUGGAGCAAGAAUGAACAGAGAGCGGCUGAAAGAAAAGCAUGAACUGGAGGUUUAUUGAGGUCAUCUACUUCCUGUUUAUAUGGGACCAUAUAACAGUACAGUGUUCCCGCCAGGACCCAUCCACUGCCGAGCACCAUGUCUCCAAGCAAUUUGAUUGGCUCAUUUCCGACCGGGGGCCUUUCCACCACUCUCGGGGUUAUUUAUCCUUUGUGGAAAGAUUUCGUCAAGGAUUUACGACCAGAUAUAAAAUUUACAGAGAGUUUGCCCGUUGGAAGGUGAGGAACACUGCCAUUGAAAGGAGGGAUUUACUCCGCAAUCCUGCCCCUUUAAUGCCAGAGUUCCAAAAGAGCAUCCGGCUGCUGGGAAGGAGACCCUCCACGCAGCAGUUCAUCGACACCAUCAUCAAGAAGUACGGGACCCAUAUACUGAUAUCCGCCACACUUGGAGGUGAGGAGGCGCUGACCAUGUAUAUGGACAAGAGCAAACUGGACAGAAAGAUGGUGAACGCAACGCAGAGUGUGGAGGCCCUUCACCAGCUGGCAUCGUCCUACUUCAUAGACCGAGACGGGACGAUGAGACGGCUACAUGAGAUUCAGAUUUCAUCCAACGCCAUCAAGGUAACAGAGACUCGGACAGGACCCCUGGGUUGCAGCAGCUAUGAUAACCUGGACUCGGUGAGUUCAGUGCUCCUGGAAAGCCCUGAGAGCAAGCUUCAUUUACAAGGUCUGCAAGUCAUUUUCCCUGAAUACCUCCAGGAAAAGUUUGUCCAGUCGGCACUCAGUUACAUCAUGUGCAAUGGAGAAGGGGAGUACCUGUGUCGAAACAGCCAGUGCAUCUGUCAGUGUGGUGAAGAGUUCCCACAAUGCAACUGCCCAGUCACUGACAUCCAAAUAAUGGAGAAUACACUGGCAGGCAUGACCGAGUCCUGCGCCACAGCCUACAAAGACUUUGAAAAUUCAGAUGAAUUUAAAUCCUUUCUCAAGAGGCUUCCUUCGACUCACUUCUUGCCCGUCAGCAGUGUUCACCAGCUCUGGGGGAAUGACUGGGAUCUGCAGGCCCGCUACAGACUCCUGCAAAGCUCCAUGGAGGCCCAUAAACUGAAAAUGCAACGCACAGCUCGGAAACUGUUUGGCCUUAGUAUCCGCUGCCAUCACAAUCCUAACCACCAGAUGCCUAGAGAAAGAUCUGUAAUGCAGUGGCUUAACCGGGUCCAGUCCUUUUUGUACUGCAAUGAAAAUGGGUUUUGGGGGACCUUCCUGGAAAGCCAGAGGACCUGCGUCUGUCACACAGGGGCCAACCUGUGCCAAAGACCCAUCCCCUGCAUCAUCGGAGGUAACAACAGUUGUGCCAUGUGCAGUCUGGCCAACAUCUCUCUGUGUGGCUCCUGCAACAAGGGCUUUAAGCUGUACCGGGGCCGCUGCGAGCCCCAGAAUGUGGACUCGGAGCGCAGCGAGCAGUUCAUCAGCUUCGAGACCGACUUGGAUUUCCAGGACCUUGAGCUCAAGUACCUCCUGCAGAAGAUGGACUCCCGUCUCUACGUCCACACCACCUUCAUCAGCAAUGAGAUCCGCCUGGACACCUUCUUCGAUCCCCGGUGGCGCAAGCGGAUGUCGCUCACCCUCAAAAGCAACAAGAACCGGAUGGACUACCUCCACAUGGUCAUCGGGCUCUCCAUGAAGAUCUGCCAGAUGAGGAACAGCAGCAUCGAGCCCAUGUUUUUUGUUUACAUUAACCCUUUCAGCGGCAGCCACUCGGAAGGAUGGAACAUGCCCUUCGGGGAGCACGGUUACCCCCGUUGGGAGAGGGUCAGGCUCCAGAACACACAGUGCUACAACUGGACACUCUUGCUGGGGAACAGGUGGAAGACCUUUUUCGAGACUGUGCACAUUUACUUGCGGAGUCGGGCCAAGCUGCCCACGACGUUACGCAAUGAAACGGCUCAAGGGCCCGUGGAUCUCUCGGACCCAGCUAAGCGGCAGAUCUACAUCAAGAUCUCAGACGUGCAGGUGUAUGGGUACAGCUUGCGUUUCAAUGCAGACCUGUUGCGGAGUGCUGUGCAGCAAGUCAACCAGUCCUACACUCAGGGGACGCAGUUCUACUCCUCCUCCUCCGUGAUGCUGCUGUUGCUGGACAUCAGGGACAGAAUUAAUCGUCUCGCCCCUCCAGAGGCUCCCGGGAAACCCCAGCUGGACCUCUUUUCCUGUAUGCUGAAGCACCGUCUGAAACUCAAUAACAGCGAGGUCAUUCGGGUCAACCAUGCACUGGAUAUGUACAACACAGAGAUCUUAAAACAAUCAGACCAUCUGACUGCCAAACUGUGUUGAACUGUUUCUUUUGUCUUUUUUCUUUAGCUUUUUUGAUGUAAAAUUAGAAUUUGUAAAUGUAAUUAUAAGAUAAAAAGAGAAAUCUCCACCAUUUAACUAGAAAUGGAACCCAUUUAACAGACUACCAUAUUUGUCUGAGCAUGUUUGUUGUUUCCUUUAACAGACAAAAAGAAAAGAAAAACGAUGGUUAUCAUGAGGCCUUGAAUUUAUUCAGAAAAAAACUGAACAAGCUCUCAAAUACUGCCAUUCUUAAAUCGGUUCAAACUUUUUAAGUCUUAUUAAUAAAAUCAAUGACAGAUGAGAGCAAUCAAAAAAUUAAUCUCUUUAAUUUAGCAACACAUUUUGUGAAAUAACAAAAGGUAAUGUUUAAUAUGAACUCAUUAAAUGAUAUUACAAAAGAAAAAACUGUUGCUGCUUAGAUGUCAACAUUAUUUUAUCUACAUGUACGUUAGUAUGAGCAGAAAACCAUAGCACACUCUUAAAGGGAUACUGCUCUUUGUUACAUCUUAAACACAGUACAAACCUGCACUUUUCUUUUUCUGUUUAAAGAGAAGUUUGAAUACUAUAAUACAAUGUUGUCCUUUUAAUAAAGACAGUCAGGAUGAGUGUGAUUUUUUUUUUUUUCCCCCCCAAAUACAGCACAGGUCUUAAAAUGCUCUUGUUUGCGCUGUAUGUAACUUGGACACCAAAAUAUCAGUGUUUUUGUGUGUGUUUGUCUGUGUGCAUACAUAAACCUGUCAAUGUUUGCAAAAAAAAAGAAGAGGGCACCUUAUGACCAGAUUCACGCAAACAUGCUCUACUGUACAAUUGAGGAAUCAGCAUUACAAAGUAGAUGACUGUUCCACUAGCAGUCCUAAGGAAGCAUUUUCUACAUCGUGAUAUGAUUUCCAUUGUAGCUGCAUGUGUCUCCUGCUUGCAGUUGUGCCAGGAAUUAAGGAUGUUCUCAUAGAGAGGCAUAAUUGAAGCACUGAUUAUAGCCCUGGCCACUAUUCAUCUUACUGCUGUAUUAAGAAAGCCUUAACUAUGUUGGAGACGGAGAAUGUUUGGGCUUCACUAGUUUUCCACUGUCUGGAUUGUAGCUGGGUAAAUGUCUCUUUUGGGGCUUGAUACAGUAUAGGAAAUAUAUACUAUGGAGUGUCAAAAUCUUAAUUGUCUAAUUGUCCAGUUUUGUUUCUUUGUUACCAUGUUUUAUUACCUACCUUCAAAUGAAUGUGACAAAAAUUAAAUCAUAUUUAUAUUAAAAAAAGGUUAUAUUUAAUAUUAACGGUGUAUGUGUAAAAAAAACAAAUGAAGCAUUAUUAUUUUCAGUAGUUCAUUUUUGAAAUAUGUAAAAUCUUUGAUAUAGGUUCCUUUGGCUUCUUAGUAAAAGACCCUAUUAUUACUGAUGUAACAUAGUUCGAGAUGGGACAUGGUUGACCCAAAGGACAAGUCGUACACAAAUUGCCCUAAGUAUGAAACAGUAUCCAAGGUAACUGAUUAAUAAAUGACUGAUUGCUUCUACAAAAGCCA